UUCAGCCGAUGGGUACCUAUGUAGAUACUUAUCUAAAAGUGUGACACUCCAAACUCGAAACUCUGAAAUCUGAGAGCUCGUACUUUAGAUCUCAGCUUUAGCUGUACGUUUGAAAUUCGAAUCGUCGACUAAGAUAUAUUUAUACGAAGCACAAAUAGAUACAGAAAAUUCCCAAUACUGUGAUAACAAAUUGCCAUUUGCCAAGUCAAGUAUAUAUUCAGAGCUGUAAAGAAGAACGAGGUAUUUACAUAUUCGUCAACAAGUUGGUGGUGUGAUUACAAGUUUUUGAUUGAAUUUUUUUAUCUACAGGAGAAAAUGAGCAUGUCAUCGCGUAUCAACGAAAUUAAACUAGAUCUCGAAGAUCUCAAUUCCUUGCUGGAAAACGCCACACGUCAAAAGUCUAAGGAUUUGAUUUCCCUUGAAAUAAGAAGAUUGCAGUCAGAAUUAAUCAAUGUACAGAACCCGGUAGAACUUCAGGAUGUAGAAAUGAAAUCUGCUAAAGGAGUCCCCACUGGGAAAAAAUGCUACGAUAUCAAAUUAAAUAAUUAUGCUUGGGAUCAAUCUGAUAACUUUGUCAAGUUGUAUGUCACCCUCAAUAAAGUAGAGUCCCUUCCAAAGGAAGCAGUGUAUUGCAAAUUUUCUGACAGAUCGAUGGAACUGCAUGUUACUGGCCUCGAGAAUAAAAAUUACAUCCUUCCCAUCAAUAAUUUAUGUGAAGCCAUUGAUACAGAAAAAAGUUAUACCAAAGUCAAGACAGAUAUGAUUUAUGUAUACUUAGCCAAGAAGACUAAAAAAACUUGGUCUCACAUAACAACUGUUGAAAAAAUGUUGAAGGAAGCCAAAUCUAACAUGUUUAAGGAUGACACGGACAACCUCAGCGCCGAUCCGAAUGCUGGUAUUAUGAAUAUAAUGAAGAAAAUGUAUCAGGAAGGAGAUGAUGAAAUGAAAAAGACAAUUGCCAAGGCUUGGACAGAGAGUCAAGAGAAAAAAGGAAUGGGAUCAGACUUGCCAGGUUUUUAAAAACAUUUGAUAUUAGAAGUAUUAAACAUGUUAAUGUAUGCUACUUGACAGUAGAAAUAAACACAUGUGACUGAUUAUAAGGUAUAUGUACAAGUUCACAAUUAAAUGUGGAAUUUUUUUUAA